AUGCUAAAUGAAAUUCCUGGAAUUAAAAAUGAGAGAAUAAAACAAUUUGCACUUUGUUACACUCUCUAUAUUAUGGUACAUUGCUGUAGAUCUACUUGGAGUUAUGCAUCUGGAUUGAUAAUUGAAUAAAAUAAGAUUGAAGGGUUUAGUCCCCAAUUUUUAGGGUAUGUCAAUUUUACAUUUCUACUGUCAAUGGGAGUUUCAUACUUUUUGCUUGGUUAGUUAGGUGAUAAGAUGAACCCAAAAUUAUUUGUUAUCCUUGGCACAUAUCCAUUAAGUGCAUUAUUUAUUAUCCUUGCCUUAAUUUUUGAAUUUACAACAGCCCCAAAAGAACUAUAUUUAGUAUUAUUGCUCUUAGCAGGAAUGUUUUCUUCAACUGCGUGGCCGGGUUUGCUAUCAAUAAUGAAUGCAUGGAUGCCAAAAGAAUAAAAGGUUAUUAUUCUUGGAAUUUUUGCCUCUUGCAUUAACGUUGGAAACAUAGCAGGUUUUGCUAACUCUGGAAUCACCAUAGAGAUAUGCGAUCUCAGCAUUUUAACCCCAAUUUAUAUAAGUGGAGGAUUGUUAUUUUUCAUGACCAUAAUGUUCCAUAUAUUCAUCAAACCAAGACCUUCUAUUGUAUCUGAACAUAUAAUAUCGGAUACUUCAUAAGAACCAUAGGUGAGCAAAGAAGUUGUGGGAGUUAAGAAAUUGAAAAUUUGGAAAGCUUGGUUACUGCCAGGAGUGGCAAUUUAUGCUUUGGCAUUUGGGUGCAUUAAAGCCAUUUCAAUGAUUGUUGGAUUGUGGUUACCUGCUUAUUUAGACUAUCUACAUGUAACUUUUGUCGCAUUAAUCAAUAUAAUGCUUGAUUUAGGAGCUGGAUUUGGAGGUGUAAUAGUUUGCUAUUUAGGAGUUAGAUAUUAGAAAAGGGCUACUAUUAUUGUCCCAUUAUUAUGGCUAGGAACCAUUUUAAUGGUGGCAAUAAAUUUUUUAAAAGAUUAUGAUAAUCCAUAUGGAGGAUACAUGGCUCUUAAUUUUGGUGUUGGUAUGUUUAUUGGAGGAUGCUAUAACAACGUGGCUGCUGCCAUUGCUGUAGAACUCAGUAACAAUAAAGCUUUAAAAAAAUACAAGCAUGCUACAUCAACUGUAACAUCAUUAAUAAUGGGAUAUGGCACUCUCUUUGGAGCUUUGAAUCAAAUAAUUGUUCCUUAUGUCAAGGAUUACCUCUUUCUUUAUUGUGGCAUUUUAGCUGUGAUUGGAGGAUUGUUAUUAAUAGUUGUAAUAAUAACAGAAUGGAAAUUGGAUGAUGAACCAGAUAAUCUAAACAAAGAAAUAGAAAUGCAUUGA